GGCAUGGGAGGAUGGCUGCUCAGUCACAGGGAAAAAUGGUGAGGAUGCAUCCUCUGUUUCUUUUAGAAGACAUGACGAGAUUCCAUCCUCCUCUAUCCACAUAGUUCGCCAAAAGGGAUAAUUGCAAGGUAGCCUUAAAGGAGUCAAAAGAAAGGAAUGUUGAACAAAAUGACUCACAUCUUAUCUCUUCCAAUAGAUUACCAAUGGUCCAAUUGGCAUUGAAUGAGCGUGGAGGAGCAGAAAAUGUAUCACAGACGAUGGGACAAGAGCAAGAGCUGAGGAAGGAGAACGCAGCAAGGGAGUUAUUGGAAGAGGUGGAUGAGGAGUAUCCCCCCCUGCAGAGAGAAGGUGGAAGAGAGGGAGGCAGAGGGGGAGGGAGGGGGGGCGGGGAGGAGAAAGAGGAUACGAACGAAGAGGAUGGGGACGAAGAGGGGGAAGAGGAGAAGGGAAUGAAGGAGAGCGAGUUGAAGGGGGCAGAGGGGAAGAGACGAGAGGAAGGGGGAACGAAAGUGUGGGAGGUGGAGAAAUAGGAAACGGGGGGCAGAACCUUGCUCAGGAAUGCAAGGGGUAUUGGGAAAAUGAUCAAAUCCCAGCAACCUCUUGGAUUCAGAAGGCUAAAGGUCCCUUUCAAUCCAUUGUGCUGGAAAUUGAAAGAAAGGGGUCAAAUGCUCAACCCCUCCGCAUUCCCCUUUCUAAUCUCCCAAUUGUUCAUGCUUUCUUCUUAUCAAAAUUCAUCAGCCCCUCUGAAAACAAAGUAGUUGACAAUGGGGGGAAGAAAUCAAUGGUGAAAACUUAUCAAUCCCAGAAGAUUGCAGAAAGAGAUUAUAUCAACCAAUUACAUGCAAACAACUGGGUCUUCUAUGAUAAUGCGGCAUAUAAGACUACAAAUGAAAAGAUAAAAUGGAUAAGUAAAAGACUCACACAACU